UGACACUUGACAUGUUUUUAAAUAAAUGUCCGUUACCUACCAGUCGUUGAGCAUAUUUAUAAUUCUUUGGUUUCAGCUGUUUUGUUUUUAUUUGAGUAGUACAAAAAUAGCACAAACGAGUAGUUUAUAUUAGUUUUGUCAUACUUGAAGUCAGAAUCCCUCACGGGGUAUAAACCUGUAGCGAAUGUUUUCAAAUUUGUUAAACGUCAGUCCUGCGCCGAACGAGAACAGUAAUUUAAAGCAGAUUUAUCAAAAAUUUCAAAAUUUUUUGGGACGUGGUGAUACCAGUACUGAGAAAAUAGAUACGGAAAAUAUGUUGUCUUCCAAAGGAAGUACUGCUGCCUCUGAAGAUAGCUUCAUAACACCAGUUUCGUCAAUGGGUGACCUAAUGGCCUUAUCGCCGAAGAAACCGCCAGCGGAUGUGUCUGCGCAACCUGACGUUACUGAAGAUUUCCUCACGGGCUAUGACAGCAUCUGCGACGUGACCAUGCAGGAAGUGCCCGCUUACGACGACAUGUUCAUAGACGCAACUAGUUUGGACUACCUUGUCAAAUGUGCUGAAUCGAAUCGAAAUCAUAACCAAAUUGACCGUGGCAAGGAGAGUUUGUUUGUAAAGUUCGACCCACUGUAUGCUAGACAAAAACUGAUUAACACAGAGUCAUGUAAUACUGAAGAAUCUACAGGUGACUCCGAAUUGGAUAUUGGUUAUGAAACAGGUAGUGCAGCUUCUGUGUUCGACAACCAUGUGGCUUCUCCGAAACACUCUCAAUCAACUGGGUCAAUCUUGUUAACUACUAAGGACAAACCAAUGCAAGUUGUGCCUCCAGUGAUAAAUUGUGAUGUACCGAAAGCAAGCUCCAGCCAGACAAGGUCGACGCCAGCACUGAUUCGCAGCGUAUCCGCGAUUUUGACGCCUACUCAAGUAGCCACAGAGAGGCUGAUCAGUAUUUCGGGGAACACACCCCCUACAGCUGCACCUCGAAGCCCUCGCUACUGUAAUUAUAGCACACAAGAAGUUGAUCGUCUUCAAACACUAAGAACCAUUCUCCAGAGACAAGACCAAGAAGUGUUACAACUAAGACAGGAAAACAGGGAAUUAAGAUCUACUUUGCAAGAUAUGGAAUAUAAAUAUUCCCGAAUGACUGAAGAUUUAGAAGCAAAAGUUAAAAAAUUGACAGAUGAAAAAGAUAGCUUGCAAGAAAAAGAAAACAAGUUAAUGCAGCAGAUUAAUGAAAAGAUUAUGAGUAACAAACAGAUGAGCAUUGUUAUGGAGGAGUAUGAAAAAACGAUUUCAUCAUUAAUAUGCGAGCAGCAGAGGGACAAAAUCCAAUCUCAGGAAAUGCAGGAAAGGCUAGUGUCCGAGAGAGACCAGGCCUUGAAUCAUCUUAUGAGUAUGGAGAGUUCUUUUAAUGAUCUUUUGGCAAAAUAUGAAAAGUGUAAAAGUGUGAUAGUAGAUGUCAAAGAAAGAGAGAAAACAUUUGAACAAAAGAUAUCAGAAUAUGAAAUUGGUAUGAAAAAAUAUGAAGUCUUGUAUAACAAUUUAAAAGAAGUCACUUCUGACAGUUUAUCUAAAGCAAAUGAGACUCUGGAUGGUAUCAAGAAGAAUCACAAUGUUGAGAUCACCAAACUGAAUGCUAUGAUCAAAAAACAUGAAAUUACAAUUGCAUCUUUGCAGGAGUCUCUAACACAAAAAACAAGGGAUAAUGAAGAGUUGACCAGAAUAUGUGAUCAGUUGAUCAAUGAAGUGCGCUGAUCAACCAUCCCCAUUACUAGGUUCUCAUACUUGGUGCUCCUUUCAGACUUUAUUUGGGAUUGUUUACUAUCCAAUAUAGUCUAACUAAAUUCUUCUGUGAUCAAAGCGACUCAAUUCUAUGAUUUAGAUUUUAGUUUUUGUAUUGUUCUAGUGCCUAUAUUGUUCAUCCAGUCUGUUUAAUUAUGGUCAUUGUGAACGAAAAAUCUGAAUUGUCCAUUUUAGUUGACUUGUUUGAAAGUUUAUUUUGUGUGUACUAAUGUUUUUUUAAAAUAAAUUUGCUGAUAAAUUGUAGCAUUUCGACUAUGUGUUGGUAAAUAUUAAAUGUCAGCACCAACUUACAGAGUUCAUCUAAUGAGUGUAAAUAUUUAAAAAUAACUUGACAUUGUAAAUUAGACUUUUAUAAUUGAUAGGAAAACAGAUCUGAUCUUGUACUUACUUAUUUUGAACUUGAUUUCUCAUAGGUACCAGUAUUUUAAGAAAACUUGGUGAUGGUGUAUGGACUUUGUAUUUGAUUUGUAGUUUGUUCUCAAUCAAAAAUGGGUUUAGUUUAGAAAUGAAACCAAAAGCUUAUAAUGAAAUUUGUUUUCCAAUAUCCUUAUAAUAAAACUAUGGGAAAAAUGGCCUUUUAAAAUAGGUACAAAAACAUGAAGUAGUAAUUCCUUACUAUUUCUAUGGAGGAUAAUUAAAGUUGACAUUAAUUUUUAAAUGAGAUGGAUGUAAUGUGGUGGAACCUAUGUCAGUCAUACAAAUUGUGCAGUUGCUUUUUAAUUUGUUGUGCUUUUCUAUCUAUAAAUAUAUAGUUUACUGUGACAUCUUUUGAAAAUUUAUGAUUUCGGCAUAUAUUUUGUAAUUUAAAUGUUGUCAUUAGUGUUGGAGUGUUUACUUUCACUGCUUUAUUUCGACUGCAAUUUAUAAAUAAAGUAUAUAAGACAAAUAA